AUGACAUCCAUUUCAGACAGUCAAAUUAUUGUAGCUCUUGUCAGUGCUUUUAUAACAGGUAUUUUAGCUUUAAGAUUAGGUAAAAGUUUAUAUCAAUAA